CCUGCCGUCAUCUUAAAAGUCAGAAGACUAUUGUUGUUGUUAAACAGAAUUGUCAUCAUCAUGGCCACCGGUAGCUUUCAAGCCCAACCUUUGUGGUCCAGUGGGCCCGUUCCUGGAGAAAUUUACAAUUUUCCAGCCAGCAAGCCGGCCAGUGAUGCUAGGACUCACACCUUAUACCCAUCAACUUCUGGUACUUCAGUACUUGGGAUACAGUAUGAUGGUGGAGUAAUGAUUGCCGCCGACACCCUCGGUUCCUACGGCUCACUGGCCAGAUUCCGGAACAUUAAGAGGCUCUUCAAGGUCACUGACAAGGCAGUCCUGGCUUGUUCUGGUGAUAUUGCAGAUUACCAGUUUAUUAAGGAAGUUAUUGAACAGAAAGUCCGUGAUGAUGAAUGUGGUGGUUAUACACGAGUACUAAAUGCUGGGGCGUUGCACUGCUGGUUAACAAGAGUUCUUUACAACCGUCGUAGCAGAUUUGAUCCCCUGUGGUUGGAGUGUGUUGUUGCAGGAUACAAGGAUGAUAAACCAUUCCUUGGGUAUGUAGACAAAAUUGGAACUGCGUUUGAAGCUAAGGAAGUAGCAACUGGCUAUGGUCUUCAUCUAGCUAUUCCUAUGAUGAGGGAAGCUCGUGAGAAGAAACCCAACAUGUCUAGGGAUGAUGCUCGUAAGAGCAUUGAAGAGUGUCUGAAGGUAUUGUACUACCGUGACUGUAGAGCACACUACAAGUAUCAGCUGGCAGAUGUCACACCCGAAGGGGUUACUAUUUUUGAUGACCUUGAUAUGAAGAAGGAAACUAACUGGAAUAUUGCUCAUCAUAUAAGGGGAUAUGAGUAACUUGACUUCUUGACCAUAAAAAAAAAAAUUAUCUAGUGUGCAGUGUGGAUUCUUCUGAUAGUGAUUUGAGUAUGUUUUGCCCAAACUUCACAAAGUAAAUUCUUUUUUACAGUGAUGUUAUGACAUAUUCAAGUAUGUUGCUUUAGUCUUUAAUACUGAAUGGAUUUUUUUCAUACAACUGGAGGAUUCUUUAUAUACUGUACUGUCAUUAAUAAAAUAAUAUGUAAGCUAA